GAGUCUUGCUUUGGACGACAAGUCGCAGAACUUACACAGGAAUGCAUCCAUCUCGGUUGAAGGUGGCUUCGAGCAAGCGCCUAAAACAGAUGCGAGACAUUACCGUACGUGUUGCAGUUCUCUUCGUGUGCGAUCCUGGAGCGGGAAGCCUAUGCACGGGCAGUAUCGUCGUCUCACUGAGCAACCGCCUGUGGACAUGAAAGAGACCUACGGAUGGCUAAAGGCAGCGAAUCUUCCUGCUGCAACUGAGGGACUGGUUGUUGCUGCUCAAGACCAAGCUCUUCGGACUCGGUACUAUGAGCGCAAGAUUCUACAUCGUGAUGUCAGUCCUACUUGCCGCAUGUGCAGUGUAGGCCUGGAGACAGUCGACCACAUUGUGGCAGGCUGUAGUGCUUUGGCACCGACGGACUACACUGAUCGACACAAUCAGGUGGCAUCCAUCAUUCACUGGGACGUUUGUCGCCAUUUUGGGGUUCCAGUGGAGAGCAGAUGGUACCGGCAUCAUCCUGAUAGGCUUGUGGAGACGGAUGACAUUACUAUGAUGUGGGAUACCACCAUCCCCACUGCCAGGAAGAUCAAAGCCAAUCGUCCAGACAUCUGUCUCAGAAAUAGGAAGACAAACACUUGUCUUCUUAUUGAUAUCAGCUGUCCUGCUGAUGGCAACAUUGGCAAGAAACAUGCUGAGAAGUUGGCGAAGUACAGCGACUUGCGAGUGGAGAUAAGCCGCAUGUGGCAUUGUCGAACACUGGUGGUUCCGGUGGUCUUGGGAGCUUUGGGCACAGUGCACGCAGACAGCCGUGAUGGUCUAAGUACUUCUGAAGCAGGGUUUGCUUCCGGUACUUGUAAUAGACUUUACAAACCAGACUGAUCUGGUUGAGCACGACAAUAAUAAUAUUUUGAUUCAUACUGCUACAGGUACAGUGCCCUAGGCAAGACAAGAUACAUAAGCGUAACAAGUAAAAAUAGGUAGCCAUGCAUAGAAGAGUAAACAUA